AUGCCGUCCAACAAAGAUCACCUGUACGUUGCUCUCUAUGUCCGCGGAGGCAAGGCUAGGAUGCCAGGCAAGGAAGACACAUAUCACUGGGCCGUACACAUCGGACCCAAGAGUCCCACCGAACAGAGGCUUGGAGUCCGCUAUCACGCCAAAGAGCGACUCACCGUGGAAGGCAAGUCCGAGUUCAUCUUCGAAGAAAGCGAGGUCUCCCCGCAGAUGCUACUUGUGCGCAUCGCUAUAGCAAAGAUCUUGGACCAAGGCCGUGCAGUCGGGAUUCUCCGCAGUACAGCCAUCCGCCAGAAUGCCCCAGAAUGGAACUGUGUGUCUUGGGUCCAAGAAGCUCUGGGUGCGCUGAAUGCCGAUUCGCGAGCCCUGGGCACACGGAUCCUCGACUGGGAGAGGGUGCGCGAUGCGGCGAUGGAGUAUUGCCAACGAAAGAAGGACCAGCACCGCUUUGAUGGGAAGGGGGAUUUCGAUAUGGGUGCUGUUCCCACGUAUGACCUGAUGGUGGGGAGGGAGCUUGCUGUUUGAGUCUAGCAGGUAUCCGAGAGUCACUGGGCAAGCAUGUUCGGUUCCUAAUGCUGUUGGGAAAUGCUCAAGGAUGAUGCUCGGCACAACUUGAUGCUUUUUGUAGAUGGAUCUCUGGUCGAUACGUAUGUCUGGGUGAUAUUGAUCGCUUUAUAGAAUUAACCACCAUGUUUCGUAUGCUUUACAGAGAAGUGACACCUGAGUUGGGAGUACUGGCUUCUGUGGUUCGAGGUUGUCCGAGGCGGAACAAGACUGUGGCGUGCACACUUGUUAAGUAUGUACCUCGGCAUUUUGAGACAUACUGACAGUCUGGGU